GUGCCAUAAGGUAGGGAGCGGCUCCCCGCCUCUUCUCGCGCUCUCCGGAGCGGCGCGCGAGCUGCACCACUUCUGUUCGCUAUGUGUCCACCGGCAGCACGCGCGCUCCCUGCGCUCCUGCUCGCGCUCUGCUCCCUCAGCCCGAUGCUCACAGCAUUUAAACCACUCCAUCCACGAAAUGUGAAGCUAACGUCAGUGGAGAAGGGAUUAAGGGUGACAUGGGACCCACCUAAUGAGUUGGACGGUCGGCCAGUGGAUCGAUACAGUAUCGGCUACGGCAAGUCUAUGAGGUCUCUGCGCUUCAUCAAGGUGGACAAGGACCGCCGCUCCGAGGUACUAGAGGACGUAGAGCCUGGAGUCCUGCACUUCCUCAAGAUCAAUUCUGAGAAUGAGGAGGGAAUGAGUAAACCAGUCUACAGAGCAGAAACUCCAGGAGGUGGAGAGUGGGUAAAACUGGAUGGCUUUGCAGUCGAAGGUGGAUCUUCUGCAAACGCUUCCUCACCAGGUAGGAGGUCAUCUGAGCUCUCCUCUCAGAUAAGCCCUCGCCCUACAGUUCAGAGACCGACACUUUUACGACAGAGGGCCCCACAAUCCUCCUCAGGCCCUGAGGCUCCACGCAGAGGAGGAUACCUGCCCAUACGCUCUCAAAACAAACAUAGGGUGGAUCUCAGUCAGCCCCAGGCAGACCAACGCAAUGCUAACAAACCCAAACUUGCAUCUGAGUCCAUCCAUGUGAUAUCACUGCAGGCACAGAAAGCACCACAGAGGAACAUACCAGUAAGCAAGACAGAAAACCCUCCUCCAGAGCGAGAUGUAGUGGAGGACGUGGAAGACAUCACAGUGAGGAUUCUGUCUCCCCAGUCUGUUGUAAUCACAUGGGUGGAUCCACUUGUCCAGAAACAGAAAGGUAUCCCUGAAGGCACCAGGCAAUACACUGUCAGAUAUAGAGAGAAGGGAGAGUCUGCUCGGUGGGAAUAUAAGGAGACCUCACAGAGGCGGCUCGUGAUUGAGAAGCUCUCUGCCGAUGGAAUGUAUGAAUUUUCUGUUCGAAUCACUCAGGGAGACCAACAUGGAAAAUGGAGUGUAUCUGUAUUCCAAAGGACUCCUGAAUCAGCUCCCUCUGGCCCUCCUGAGAACUUUGAGGUGCGACCACUUAGAGGGAAAGGUACAGCGGUGACUGCAACAUGGGAUCCACCUGAUGAGCCCAAUGGUAAAAUCAGAGAAUAUAUCCUGUCCUAUGCUCCAGCCCUGAAACCCUUUGGAGCAAAGUCGGUAACAUAUCGUGGCACUACUACCUCAGCCACCAUAGAUGGACUGACACCUGGUGAUCGCUACAUCUUCAGAAUUCGAGCAGCUAACAGGAAGGGGCAAGGACCACAGUCUAAAACCUUGAGUGUUGCAAUGCCGGGAACCAGCACUACUGCCUCACGGCAUUCCACUCAGUCCAAGAGCCCCUCCAGAACAUCUGAAUAUGAUGACUCACAGGAUCAGGAUACAGAAGACACAGAGGAAUCGCAAACCCAUACCACUACUUCUCCACCCACGAACAAGAAAUUCCGUCCCCUUUCUCAAACACGGUCUUAUCACAGCAUUUUUUCAUCUGUAAGAGGCUCUGUCCGGAAUUCAGGUUCCAGCUCUAGGACAAGCAUUAGCAGUGACAAAGAAAGAAAUGAAGAAGAAACACCAACAGACACUCCAAAAGAAGAUGAAGCAACAGCAAAUGAAGCUGUUGAGGAUAUACAACCUGAAAAUACUAACAAUGUUCCGUCUAAAACUGGGGAGGAAGAACAACCGAAAGUUUCAGCUGGAGCUAAGGAACCAAGUUCUAUUCUUAGAAGUUCAUUACUAAAGACACAUUCUUCCCCUCCAAUGCCCAAAGAGGGCCAUCACCAAUCUCAGUCGUUGACACCUCGCACGUCGGUUGUCAAUGCCGGCCGUUUAAGACGGCCACCCUUUAGUUCCUCACGGUCAAGGAAUCAGAAAGGAGCAUCUUCCAGUUUACCCAACAGCCAAGACCCUGUAGUCUCAAAGAAAGUCCACACCAUCUUAUAUCCUGAAGACAAGGUCAGUACUACAGCAGCACAAUCAUCCACCCCAUCACCUCAUGAAACCAAGAUGGAAACAGAGAGAGAGUCAUCAUCUUUAUCAUUGUCUUUGCCAUUGUCAUCAGCUGGGACAAGUAGAGUUUCUAACCCAACAAGUCAUUCCAGUAGCUCAGGGACUGGUCCUGUUUAUCCAAAUGGCAGAAGGGUAACUCAAACUAAGGGUCACAGAUAUCAGACAAGUCGACAAAAAACAGCUUUACCUUCGUCUGCUUUAUCACAAGCUUCAACAGGAUCCAGUACUGGCUAUCAGGAUAGCCGCUCAACCAGCAUCGUGGAUACAAAACACGACAAUAAAAAGGAUCACAAAAUAAAGAUUAAAAAUAAUGACGACCCACCUGCCUCUUAUCAAUAUACCACUACUCUUUCCCCUUCAAUCAAAGAAGAGACUACUCAGGACCUUGGUAACAAGAAUUAUAAAGACAAGGCUGUUAACAGUUAUUUGCCUUCAUCUCAGAGUCCUUCUACAGCAAGUCCAGGGCAUAGUUCCUCCCUCUCUAACAGAAAUUCCAGGGUCGUAGUUGGAAGUAGUCAAAGAAAAGAUGGCAGGAUCCCAUGGAGCAGGACUGCUUCUUCUGUAGGUGCAGGGAGGCCAAUUCUGAGAGGAAUGCCAUCCAAUCCAACAGCCACAGGAGGGCAUGUCAGUGGUAAAAACAAAACCUCGCCAACAACCUACACCACAAAGCAUUUGGAUGACUCGAACCUAGCCAAACCCACUGUGAACAGCAGACAACCAGUUUCAAGCAAUGGACAGACAACUUCUAAUGAUCACACUGACAAAGAAGACACAAACCCUAGCAAUGAUCACAAACAUGAUUACCUCUCUGAGGUCAACAAAGAAACUCGUGAGAUCAGCAAUACGAAUUCUGUCCCAACUGCAUCCCCCAAAACAGUUGCCUCGGAUGAUAAAGAGGUUCAACGAUCUGGUAAAACCUCUCAGAACAACUCACCCUAUAUGACUCUCAAUAGACUUGGUUUAGGUUCAAAUGGAAAGGUUCGUUCUGCUCUCCUCGAAAGGUUGCGUGGAAGGUUACAGACAGUACAAAAUACACAGUUGGGCUCUGCUGCUAAACAGAACGCCUCUUCAUCACCCGUUUCAGCUUCUUCAUCCUCUUCUGCCUCCCAGACCAUGGAACACAAAGCUUCACCUUCAGAUCACGGUACAGAUGGUAGCCAAAGUGCUAAUGUUAGAUCAACCAUGGGAUCGGUCUCACGAUCAUCGUUGAAGCAAACUGCUACUGAUCAAAAUUCUGGUGGCGACACACCAACUGAUUUCAAGACCUCCUUAACAGCUCCAGCUAGAAAUCCGGUAGUCAGAUCACGCUAUCCAAGCAGACCUGACAAAAAUUCAAGAGGAAAACCCCCAGUCAGCUUGCACAAACCUAGUUAUGGGCAAGGCAAGAAUGGGCGGCCGAAUCUUACAGCUACAAAUGGCAAAAUUGCAUCUACAUCAGAUGAAAACAAAAAAGCAAAUGGAGUCAAAUAUAUUACAGGCCCCGAUGGAACCAGAUGGGUUGUAGAUCUGGAUAAAGGAGUCCUGAUGAAUGAAGAAGGAAAAGUUUUGCAGGAUUCUAGAGGACGGCCCAGGAAAGUCGUCGUUGGAGAAGAUGGAAAAACUAUUUUCGAUGAGCAGGGUACCCCGUUAGUAAACCAGGAAGGGAUGGCUUUGUUUGGUAAUGGGAGGGACGGUCGGCCUGUGGUUAACCCCAGAGAUAAGUACCUCACUGUUGGAGGGAAGCCAGUGGUGGGCCUGGAUCGUCCUACACCCAGUACUACAACCACAACAACCACAACAACUACACCUACACCUACAACUACAACUACAACUACAACCACCACCACAACCACUGCUGAAUCAACAACAACAGAAAUUACAACUCUGGAGUCCACAACUGAAGCAUUGCCUACCUGCCCCCCUGGAACAUUUCCGAGGCUGGAUAUGAACGGCAUUCCUGUGAUGGAUGUUUAUGGAAUACUGGACUGCUACCCAAGUGAUGAGUUUUUGAUGGAGACCACCAUGUUCCCUACCACCACUCAGGUGCCCACUACCACUCAUACCCCCACUACCGAGUUCCGCUUCUUCAACCACAGCCCAUCCUCUGACUUUGAUGUUGCCGGCAAGAAACGCUUCACAGCUCCAUAUGUGAACUACAUCCAGAAGGAUCCUGGUGCGCCGUGUUCCCUGACUGAGGCUCUAGAAUACCUGCAGGUGGAUGUCCUGGCUGAUCUCAUUGAGAAGGACAGGGGCACAACCAUCCAAAAGCAGCCUCCCAAAUACAAGCCCCAUAACAUCACUGUGAUCGCCAUGGAGGGCUGCCACUCAUUUGUUAUUUUGGACUGGGCCCGUCCAUUGAAGGAUGACAUGGUGUCAGGGUACAUGGUGCAGAGUGCCUCCUAUGAUGAUGUCCUGAACAACAGAUGGUCAUCUACUCUCUCAUCUGGCACCCAUCUAGCUGUGGAGAACCUCAAGCCAAACUCCAGGUAUUACUUCAGAGUUCAAGCAAAGAACGUGUUUGGUCUAGGGCCGAUCAGCGAAACAUUAACUUAUGUUACAGAAUCAGAUAACCCUCUUCUUAUUGAGAGACCUCCAGGUGGCGAGCCUAUUUGGAUUCCUUUUACCUUUAGGUACAACCAUGCCCACAGUUCCUGUAGAGGAAGUCAAUUUGUCAAGCGCACCUGGUACAGGAAGUUUGUAGGUGUGGUCCUGUGCAACUCACUGCGCUACAAGAUCUUUAUGGGAGAUGGACUAAAGGAAACUUUCUACAGUAUUGCUGAUUCUUAUGGCAACGGAGAAGACCACUGUCAGUUUGUAGACUCACAUUUGGAUGGAAGGACAGGAUCACAAACCCUUUCCCUCUACCUACCCCAAGCUCAAGGUUACUAUCGCUCGUAUAGACAAGAGCCUGUAAAUUUCGGGCCCAUAGGCAGGCGUACGCCUCAUCAGUUUGUGGGCUGGUAUGAGUGUGGGGUCCCAAUCCCUGGGAAAUGGUAACAGAGGACAUUCUGAAUGCCAGCUAUCACUGGCAGCUCCAUUUCAUCCUACUACAACCUCUCUGUUUGCCAAGUCCAUAAAUGAACUUUUGCCAACCGCAGCAAGUACAGCCUAAACCAACAUACGGUUUCUGUCAGAGAGGAUAUAAUACUUAAAAUAACAUUUUCUCUAUAACUGUUUCAAUAUAAAGCACUUUUUUUUUUUAAAAGCAGUCUGUAUAUGAGGAAAUACAAGCAUGUGUGCUCAAAUUAUUAACAACAUUAUCAGGAACAUUGUAUCCUGAAUAAUUGCCAGUGACUUUAAUGGCUUUGACGGCUUCUUAUUACUGCUGGUAAUAUUAAGUAGUUUGAUACAAACCAAAAGCCUUACAAUUUUUUAUACAACAAUGAUGUAACAAAUUGUCCGUGAUUAUUUCUUUUGUGAUUUUUAAUAACUUUGCUAUUUGUUUUGUAUUCAUGUCUUCUAUCCUCUUAGCUUGAAUGGCAGUUGGCUUGGAAAUAUUGCCCAUAUUAGGGCAGAUAAAAAGGUAAUUUUAUUUGCUCAGGAAAGGUCAAAUACUGAAUAAAGUUACUAUGUACAUCACUAAAGUUUUAUGUUACACAGACAAAAUAAUGUUAGCAUUUUAAUAUGCGAGGAAAAUAUUACUUUAAAUGAGGGGCGAUUUCACUGAGCGGACCAAAUGAUCUAUCGGACCCCUGAUACUAUUCUACGUCUGCGUGCUCCUGAUCACCUAGCAUCUGACAAUUGCCAGUCGUACUGGCGUGUGUCUUUCGGCUCAUCGCGUGAAAAGAAUUAGCAAGCGGUUUGAACGGGUGAGAGAAAAGUAAGUAAGUUGGUCAUUGUCACAUUGAUGCUCCGGCAAUACUGGACACUGUAUAGUAUAAUUAUAACAUUGUCAUGAUCGUUAACAACACUUUGUUUAACUAACAAUGCGAGUCACUGAUUUCCCUUGUCCACCCAUAUUGUAAGAAGAAUCGUAUAUGGUUAAUUAAUUUGAGAUCAGAAUCCAUUGAUAUUUAGCAGUCAUCUCAAAUGGAUUUCAGAUUUUCGACGGACAACAUUUCUACCACAUCCAGAAACAACAAUUUACUAUCUUUACUGCCGUGCACUUGUGUAGUUUUGGAGCUGAACUGUAUGCUCUUCAUACUACUGUCUGGAAACUAUUAUUAUCUCAAGGACCGGCAGUUCUUUAUUGCAAAAGUCAAACACGUUUGUGUUUUACUUGGCAUUUAGGAAAAAUGUAUCCGGCAGUUCAUACAAAGGGGAAAUCCGAGGUUAACUAGCUCAAUUAUAUCUCUUUUGGACAGCUAUAUUUUUUUUUUUCCAUUGAUUUUAGUGACAGUAAUUGUUUCGUUUAAAGGAUGGACCAUAGCAAACCGGAGCAUAUUUUGCAUUAAUUUCAACUCCAGAAUAAAGACAUGCUCCAGAGGUAGUCUGUUUUUUAUCCCGCUUUGUUUAAACUGGUUGUCUGGGACCAUAUUGCCAUUAUCAAGCACAGCAUGGUUUGGAAUAGUUAACGACAUGGGUUACAUAAUAACGCAUGUGCUGUUUGUCACUACCAAUCAAUCCAUGGAAAUGAAAAAAUACUGGAGAUCACAUCAACAUCCAGUUAUAAGUAAAACAUCACUGUUCAAUACUGAGUGUUGAAGUGUACGGUACAGCAACCUUUGCCUAUGGUUGAGUCUACAAAAUAUCAAUAUUUAAAUGAAAAAAAAAAUAAUUUUAGUGGUUAAAAUGUAAUAAAAUUACGAUUAAGGAAUCCAAACAAUGUUUCCUAAUGCGAUUCAUUUUAAAAUAGAAUUCUGAAGAACUAGGAUUAAACCAUAAUGAUAAAUAGGAUCAAACCUGCUAAUAUCAGCCAUACAAUAUCUCAAAUGAUCUCAGUUCAGAGGAUAAAACUUUGGAAAUAGCUUUGCAGCCAUCCUGCGUAUGGUCAUGUCUCUUGUGGAAAAAACAAACACUAUAUACGUUCUGUGUGACGGAAAAUUCUAAUGUUUGUUCACGAGUUUUGUUGAUCGGAUGAUGAGAUGCACAGAGGAAGCUGGUGAAUCAGUGAAAAGACUAGUUUCUAUCGAUUUCCUCAACAAAAAUCAGUUUGUUUAGGUUUUUUGAACUUGCAUGAAGUUUACAAACACUGAUUAUUAUUAUAUAUAUAUAUAUAUAUAUAUAUAUGUCACUUCAGCCCCCACGAUCAUCUAGACUGUAAUUACCCUGUAAUAUCCACCUAUUACUACAACUGAACUUGAUUCAUUUCAAUCGUCUCUUUAAUAUGGGCGGCUGUGGAUCAGGUGGUAGAGCGGGUCGUCCUCUAAUCGAAGGGUCGGCGGUUAGAUUCCCGGCCCACGUGACUCCACAUGCCGAAGUGUCCUUGGGCGAGACACUGAACCUAAAGUUGUUCCCGAUGGCGAGUUAGCGCCUUGCAUGGCAGCUCUGCUACCCUUGGUGUGAGUGUGUGUGUGUGUGUGUGUGUGAAUGGGUGAAUGAGACACAGUGUAAAGCGCUCUAUAAGUGCGCUAUUUACCAUUAAUAUGUCAACCCCUUGCAUACUCUCUAGCACAGUUGCUAAUGAUUUAUCUGCAUUAAACUUAUCCUCUGUAUAUUUACCAACUCAAGAAUUCUUGGCAAGUCUCAUGAAAAUCAACUAAAAAUAAUGUGUGAAGUGAAUAGCACGUGUAAUGACUAAUAUUCUGAGAUUAAACAUAUGAUAAUGAUAAUGCUGCGUAGUUUUCUUUCAAAGAAAUAUUUUUGAACAUUACAACUACCAACCAGGGAGGGUGAAGGCAAGAGCAUACUUCUUCCAAGACGCAUGAUGCAACCACAUUGUUUUCAAAUUGCUGCUUGUGCUAUGUGACAGGGCAGCAUAUCGCACUCAGAGGACAGUGCUGCCCUCUUCUGCAUACAUGAUCACACAGAUGCCCAUGAUUGGUUAGUGCCACUCUAUUCAACAGGGGAGAGACUACUGCCUAUGAGCAUGGCACCUUUUGCUCUUGUGGACUCCCGACCACUAAUGACUACUAAUGAUGGCAUCAUCAGGAUUCAAAUUUGUGACGAUAGCAUGAGCGCUUUUCUGUUGCACCACCAGGGAAUUUGGAGACACUUGCAGAAGAAUCUUGGUCCACUCUUCCAUGCACUUUUGGAUUUGGUAUGUGGACUUCAAUUCAGACCCUAGGUUUAAAUCCACAGAAAGAAGACAUAGUCAAUGUAAACCACUGAUUUUGUGUCCCUAAAGCCAUUUCUGUGUUGAUUUGGAUGUAUAUCAUAAUCUUGUUGAAGAAUCCAUCUAUAGCCAAGUCUUAACCUUAAGUCUGAGGGAUAAAAUAUCAUGGUACUUAGUAAAAUUCCUCAUGCCAUCAAUCUUCACAAGGACCCCUAGACCACUAACCACAAUACAGCCAAAAAGCUUCAAUAAUCCAUUGUAACAUAUCAAUCAGGUUAUGUCCAAUAACGGAUCGGAUCGUAGAAUAAACAGCGCAAAGGAGCUUGUUUACCAGGAUUUGAAACUUGAUUUAUUCAUUGUAGCCCAGGUUUUGAUUAACAGUACACUCGACUGUAUUUUAUAGCCAUUACCUUCCUGGCAGCCCUUUUUUUCUCAUAGUGAUGAAUGACAAAGGCAUUUAUAUGUGUGUGCAAAUUCAUAUUUAAGUAAAGACAACAGCAGAGUUCCUGGAGACUGAGAAGAAUAUGUUCUAACAAAAGCAAUGUGUUUGUAUUUAUUUUCAAUAUUAUUUAAUGGCAUCAAUCAUUCGAGAGAAAAUACUACUCAUUAAAAGUAGUACUUAUUAAAGUAGUACUUAGAAUCUUUUUCAUUAGAGGAAAACGAAAUAAUUUCUCCAAUUGCUUGUGUGUGUGUGUAAAGUCUGAAUUAUAUUCUGGGUAAUGUUUAUUUUAUGCAGUAAUUUUGUCCACUUUCUAGAGUGGAGGCAGUGAUUCUGGAGUUUAAUGUAUCAUCCAUGUGUCUACCUUUUACUUUACAAAGUCUUGCUCCUGCAUUUUUUUUUCUGAGGUAGUUCGAGGCCUUUUUUAUGCGCCUACACUGAUUUAAUCUUGCCUGGUUGCUGUGUGUUUAUUUGCCGAUUAAGGGUCAAAUUAAACACUUCAGAUAAAGGACACACUACGUUUCUCUGGGAAACUGGGGGCAAGGAUUUAUUCACUAGGUCCAUUUUCUGUUCCAACAUACUGCAUAGCCGAGUCACCUACAAUUCUUCCAGGUAAAAGCAAACAGCUGGGGUACUCAUUGCUUCUUUAUAUCACCAAAGUGUCAAGCAUGUUACAUUCAUUUUAUUUAUAUAUAUUUAUAUAUAAAACUACAUUACAUAAUCACCUUGUCAUUGGUCGCAUAAUGGUAUAUAUUAAGUUAUUGAAUAUAAUUAUUUGUAAUUACGAGUGCAGUCCGGCCUUGUAAACUCAAGCAGGAUCCUAACCGUUUUCCACAUGCUACUUAACUAUGUCUUUUAAAAGUAGGUCAUGCACCAUGCCUGGAAAAUCUUUCCAUUCAUUUUCAUUUUGAGAGGAUUAAAUCAUAGAAAGAAAAUUUCAGGUCAACAGUGAGCGAGGCAAAGCAGAGAAAGAACAAAGAGAUAGACGAAGAGAGUCUGCUUUUUGUUUUUCUCAGAAGGAAAUGCCAAUUGUUUCCAGGCAUUUGUUUGUUUGUUUGUUUGUUUGACAUUUAUUUUACUUGCAUAAUAUAAUUAAACCAUUUGUGCUCCCUGA